AUGGCUACUUCAGAGGAUGAUGGGGGUGAACCAAAAUUUCCUGAGCCACUUUUCGUAGAAGAUGAAGAGGAAGAGCACGAGGAUGACGAAGAGGUAGUGGAAGACAAUGAAUUGGGAUGCAGUGGUGACGAUACAGAUUCAGAUAGUUCAGAUGAUGAAUUCAGGAAUGUGCUUACCUUAACAGCUGAUGAGAUACGAGCUUUAACGUUUUGCAGUGAGUCUAAUGCAUACACAUUUUACUGUGCCUACGCGAAGGGAAAGGGAUUUGUGGUUAGAAAAGAUGCAUGUGAACGAGAUUCUAAUAACAAAGUUGUAAUGCGAAAAUUUGUAUGCAAUAGGGAGGGGUUAAGGGAACCAAAGUACUUCAUUAUGGAUAGGCAAAGAGCCCACAGAAGCCUAACCCGCACUAACUGUCAAGCAAGACUCAGGAUACGGUACGAUAACAAGAAAUGCCAAUGGGGUGUGGUGGGGUUUGAGGAGAAACACAACCACGAACUUACCCCGUCGGUAUAUGUCCCUGUGAUUAAUGCUUACCGUACAAUUAGUGAAGGAGACAAAGCUCAGGCAGAAAGUCUUCACGCAUAUGGUAUCAGAACCUGUCAUAUCAUGGGUUAUUUGACGGCGCAGAAGGGGGGAUAUUCUAAAGUAGGAUUCUUGAAAGAAGAUCUGUACAACUACUUCAGUCGCCAGAGACAUAACAGAGUCAAAGGUGGGGAUGCUCGAGCUGCUCUAACUUACCUAACAUCAAAGGCUGAUGCAGAUCCCAUGUUCUAUUCGAAAUACACCACCUCAGGAGAUAAUAGAUUGAAUAAUCUUUUUUGGGCAGAUGGUGUUAGCAGGACAGAUUACCAAUGCUUCGGGGAUGUUCUAGCCUUUGACUCCACUUACGGCUCCACUAAGUAUAAACAUCCACUGGUUAUAUUUUGUGGAACUAACCAUCAUGACCAAACGGUUAUAUUUGGAUGCGCUUUAUUGAUUGAUGAGACUAUUGAGACAUACAAGUGGUUGUUGGAAACUUUUUUGGAAGCAAUGAGUGGGAAACAACCUAAAUCUGUUGUAACCGACAGAGAUCUUUCUAUGAGGGAGGCCAUCAAACAAGUAUUCCCGAACGCAUCGCAUCGACUAUGUGCAUGGCACUUGCACAAGAACGCAAAGGAUCACAGAAUGAGCAAGGAAUUUUUGGAUGACUUUCAGAAAGCACUUUAUUGGCACUUCAGUGUUGAGGAAUUUGAGGAACACUGGCAGAACAUGGUUUCUAAGCACGGCCUACAGAAAGACAAGUGGGUUUUAAGUGUGUAUGAGAAAAAGGAAUCGUGGUGCUCCGCAUAUCUCCGUGAUCAGUUUUUGCUGGGAUACGGACAACAUCAAUAUGUGAAGCCAUAA